AUGGAGGGGCCCAACCUCACCACGGUGACCGAGUUCAUCCUGCUGGGCGUCACAGAUCGCCCUGAACUGCAGGCUCCACUCUUCCUCCUGUUCCUCGUUGUCUACCUGACCUCGCUGCUGGGCAACCUGGGCAUGAUCAUCCUCACCCAGGUGGACCCCGGGCUGCAGACUCCCAUGUACUUUUUCCUCAGACACCUGGCUUUCACCGAUCUUGGCUAUUCCACAGCCGUGGGACCCAAAAUGCUGGCUAAUUUUGUUGUGGAUCAAAAUUCAAUCUCGUAUAAUUGUUGUGCUACACAGCUGGCUUUCUUUCUUUUGUUUGUUGCUUGUGAGCUUUUCAUUUUGUGUGCCAUGUCCUAUGACCGCUAUGUGGCCAUCUGUCACCCUCUCCUCUACACAGCCAUCAUGUCACCGAGGGUGUGUUGGGUACUCGUGGUGAUUCCCUAUCUCUACUGCACAUUCGUGUCUCUCCUGAUCACCACGAAGAUUUUCACUUUGUCCUUCUGUGGAUACAAUGUCAUCAGUCAUUUCUACUGUGACAGUCUCCCCUUGUUAUCUUUGGUUUGCUCAGACACACAUGCAGUUGAAGUGAUGAUGCUAAUCUUAGCUGCUUUUAACUUGAUUUCCUCUCUCCUGGUGGUCCUGGUGUCCUACCUGCUCAUCUUUGUGGCCAUCCUCAGGAUGAAGUCUGCAGAGGGCAAGCGCAAGGCCUUCUCUACCUGCGGGUCUCACCUCACCAUGGUCACCGUGUUCUAUGGGACAUUGAUAUUUAUGUAUGUGAAGCCCAAGUCCAGUCACUCCUUUGACACUGACAAAGUGGCUUCUAUAUUUUACACCAUGGUCAUCCCCAUGUUGAAUCCUUUGAUUUAUUGCUUGAGGAACAAAGAUGUAAAAUGUGCUGUGCAGAAAACUCAGAAAAAAGUUUGCAAUAUCUUUGAUUAA